AUGUCUUCCACAACGGCUUCGUCGCCGGUGGAAGCACCUUCUGCCCACAUGCAAACCGUCUCAAGGAAAGAGACUUACUAUAAGCCGGCACCAGAAGAAUGGGAGGCCGUGCGGCUGACAAUUCGACAAUUAUACAUUGACGAAAACAAGACUCUCUCGGAAGUGUCCGAGAUCCUCGAGAAGCUCUACAGCUUCCGUGCCUCGCCAAAGCAGUACAAGAAUCGUUUCAAGCAAUGGGGGCUCUGGAAGAACCUCUCCACCAGGGAUGCAGCCAGGCUUAUUCAGAUGAAAGCGUCAAGAGACUCAAUCGGCAAGACGUCAACUUUUGUGCGGUCGGGCCAGAAGCUCGACUUUGACCGUGUUCAGAAGACCAUCCGCCGCAGCAAGAACAGAGUUCCCAAGAAUGCCGCGGAAGAGAAAUCGCCGAAGCUGGGCCGAGCGGAACCAGCACCACCCGCUUGCAAUCAGCCGUCAAGAGUAGAAUGCCGCACUCCCUCUCCGGAGCCCUCUGCUACCAAAGACAGCCUGGACUUGCUGGACAGUCUGGAUUCAAACGGCCUCCGUAUUGAAAGCACCGAUCUUCACACUUUCAGUAACUUUGGAUCCGAGACAUUUCACACCCAUGUGUCCGACUCGUUUCUGCCUUUUACCCCGAGUGACGCCGGGCAAUUUGAACCGUUUGACAGUUGUCACUAUGAAGAUCCACGUGUGGAAAUGAUUUGGGAUUGUUACGUGCGCGCACAUCACAAGCUGGCCUUGAGAUGCGAGAGCUUGCGGACAAAUGCACAUUCAGAUCCAUGUUUAAAGAAUUUUAGGCGAAAGAACUCACUUCUAGCGGUGCUCGAGCCCGUCUUAGCAACAAGUGGACACCAUAAUAUGCGGGAGUUGUUCCUCGCAAAUUUCGUCGCGACAUUUCUGCACCGCCCAGAAUUAAGCAAGUUUGCUCAGAACAUUGGCCAGACUAUUAACCAGGCCUCUACAGACAUUGAGGCCUCAUCGCAUCACCCUGCAAUUGUCGAGGGCGCUUUACAAUACUUGGGACUACAAUCAUACACACGACGGUUCAUUGACUCAAGCGAUAACGAAAAUGCGACGGAGUCUCCAUCUUUGUCAGACGAGAGCACCCCCGCCCCCAAGAUCGAGAGCUCUGACGGCCUCAGCCCCGAUGUUGACUUGCCCUCUCCGGGUACAGAAAUGCCGCCCACCCCACCAAGUUGCAACGAUUACGACGAGGGCCCUCAGGCCGGUGAGCUUGAAGCCGCUGCUUUUGCAUAUCAUCUCGGUGAACUAGACACGGCGGAAAUACGUCUACGAGCAUUUACCUGUUACGAUGGGGCAAUUUCUACGAAAGGACAAGUGCUUAUCCGACUGGCUUGGUACUGCUUAUCCUGCGUGCAGCGGGAAUCUAAAAGGGACGAAGAAGCAGAGGGAAGCCUCAUGCAAGCCAUCCGAGGAUCGACAUUCUACCCAACAGCGGACGGCACAGAAUGGGAGGAGGUCAGCUACCUCUUCAUGUGA